AUGGACGCCAACAACGGCACCCAGACCAGCAGCUCCCAGACCAGCAGCUCCCAGAGCGAUGAGGGCAAACACACCGCCUUCGUUUACGGCACACUGAUGAUGCCCGACGUCUUCCACACCGUCUGCUACGGAACCAAGGACGUCCCCGACGCCAUCAAAAAGCUCCACAGUUUCAAGCCGGCCGUCCUCCAAGGCUACCAACGCCUCCGCGUUCAGUACGCCGACUACCCCGGGAUGAUCGAGAACAAGGACCACAAGGUCGUUGGCAAGCUCGUCACGGGGCUCACCAAGGCCAACAUUUCCAAGCUGGACUACUUUGAGGGCGGCCAGUACGAGCGCAGGGCCGUCACUGUCAACCGGACCAGGGAGCGUGUCAACGCGAAGGGCGAGCGCAAAGUUGAGUACGUCAAGGUGGACACCGAGGCCUACGUGUUCUUAAACAAGCGUGACCUUGAGACGAAGGAGUGGGAUCCGGAGGAGUUCUGUCGUAAUAAGUUGAAGCAGUGGUCACACAGCUGA